AUGGCUGAUGACGAUGAAAGCUCAUGCUCAUUUCCAAUUGGGGAAAGGGAAAGUGCACAAGAGAAAGGGCUGUCAUAUGUGCCAAAGUGUUACAUGAUGCCACCUUCACAAAGGCCUAGUUUGAAGUCCGAGUUUGCAAAUGUACCUGUAGUUGAUUUGGCUGAUAUGCAUGACGGUAAUCCCCUGAAGAGAUCAAUGAUAAUCCAUGAUAUUGCUAAGGCUUGUCGCCGCAAUGGUUUCUUCCAAUUAAGUGUUAUCAAUCAUGGAAUAUCCCAGUCUAUAUUAGAUGGAGCGCUUUCAGUCGCCUUUGAUUUCUUCGAAUUGCCAACUGAGGGCGAAGAAAAAUUUAUAUCGAAUGAUGUGUACAAGUCUAUUUGUUAUGGCACAAGCUUGAAGGACGGUGAAGACAAAGUUCAGUUCUGGAGGGUCUUCAUCAAGCACCAUGCAAAUCCUCUCAAUGAUUGGAUUGAACUGUGGCCUGAAAAUCCACAGGAGUACAGGGAAAAGAAGGGGAAAUAUGCAAAGGAAGUACAAAAGUUAGCCAUCAAAAUCAUGGGCAUGAUCACUGAAGGCCAAGGACUUGGUCCAAGAUAUCUAAGCCAAAAUGUGGAGGAUGGGAUGACUGUAAUUGCUGUCAAUUGUUAUUCUCCAUGCCCACAACCAGGCCUUGCACUUGGGCUGCCACCACAUUCAGACUACAGUAUCCUUACAAUUACCCUUCAUAGCUCUGUUGGACUAGAAAUUUUGGACACACAAGACAAUGAAUGGAGGGUAGUCCAAGACCUUCAUGGCACCUUACAAGUACAUGUGGGUGAUCAUCUUGAAGUAGUAAGCAGUGGCUUGUACAAAAGUAUGGUACACAGGGUGACUCAUAAAACAAGAAUUUCAAUUUCUAGUUUGCAUAGUAGAAGCAGCUCUUCGUCAACAUGCCUGCUUCUUCACCUGCUGAAGGACAUUGCUUAUGACUGGGAUGUAUCAUGGAGAAAGGGUAGAGGUGAUAAUGCUGCUCCUAUGACUUGGCAGGUUCGUGACCUGCAAUGGAAGCUGGGAGUAGUUAGAGCAAGAAUGCUCCGUGAGAUCCACAGGCUGAGGUGGGCCUUGCUACUUUCGGUUGAAGAUUGA